GCGGCUCUUUGUGUGAUAGAGUUCCCCGGGCAUCAAACGACACGCCCGCUCCCAAUCGCCUCGGCUGCCCUCUCUUCGACUCCCACCCACGCCGCAACGACCCCCAAAACUUCCUCAGAUCCCUCAAGCACUCGAAACACACCCGCCCACAAACAGCCAUGGCAGUCGAAGGAGGCGCUACUUCCCCGGGCCCUCGGGAGAAGCUCGAUGCUCAGAUCAAGAGCGCUGACAUGACGGAAGACAUGCAGCAGGAGGCCAUCGACAUCGCUCAAGAGGCGAUGGCGAAGUUCACGAUCGAGAAGGACAUUGCGCAGCACAUCAAGCGAACGUUCGACGAGCGCAAAGGUCCCACAUGGCAUUGCAUCGUCGGACGCAACUUUGGAAGCUUCGUGACCCACGAAACCAAACAUUUCAUCUACUUCUACCUCGGACACUGCGCCAUCCUUCUCUUCAAGACGCAAUAGACGACGGUCGCCAGACAUGAAGAACAACAAUAACUCUUUACACCCAACAAGCCACGGCACAAAGUAGUAACUAGCGUUGAUUUUCUCCAGUGCAAGCAAACAACGGCGCCCUCCGGAUUUCCACAAAUGCGGUCGGGGUCGGGGAUCAAGGGAGUACAGGCCCUGGGGUUGCGAACCUGGUAGGGAAGAAGGAGACAUUUCUCUGUUUUUUUGCACGUUAUUUAAUGGGCAAGAAGAGGAAGAAGAAAAACAACGAACCCCUUAUCUAUUUGCGGUCUAGGCUGGGAGCGACUGCACCAUCUUUUUUUUCGCUUCGCAAUAACAUCUUGUUUAAUCUCUGCUUUCGAAAAGAAAAAUUCAUCUCACACAAGAGACUGAACCAUUACCCCUGAUCUCCAUCGAUGAUCUCCCGGACUUGACCCACGCAGUAGUAUUGACAGCAGUGGGGGAGAGGAGCGCCGCGGAGGCGGACGCGCAGGAAUGCUCAGCAAAGGUCUUGAACCCUCAAUCACGGCAGGGGCCGCUCGACAUUCCAGCAAAGCAGGGGCAGAAAACAAUAUUGGGAGCGGUACAUUCCGUCGAGCGUCUCUCUUUUUUUUUUCGUCCCCCUUCCCCUCAGGAACAAGACGAGCAGCCGGAUGGCAACUCUUCGCGGCAUUACCCACCACGCAACUAACUAUGAGACCCUGGUUUGCUCACCAUCUCGGAAAUAUCACCAAUAGCGCCCCCCUCCCCCGAUCGUCAUACCGUUAAGCUCCAGCAGUACCCGCCGCGAGCCUACGUGACCUGACUGAGACUUGCCGUCCCUACCAAGUCAGCCCA